AAUUACAUGAAGAAUACUAUAAAAAAAUUAACUAUUCAUCAACUUUAAUAACACCUUCACCUUUCAAUGCGAUCACAAAUAAGCGUAUUUUCCCAAUAACGCAACACCAAAAUACUUCCGACAAUGUGGCCUAUACUAGCGAUUGUGAUUUACCCAUCGAAAUAUCAGACACACCAUACCUAAAAACAAAAAACGGCAAAAGAUUCAGGAAAUCGCUUAAAAAUAAAUUACGCAAAGAUAUUAAUAAUUACAAAACCUAUCUCGAAACUUUAUCGAAUGAACGCGAUAAAAUAAGUAAUUGUUAUGUAGCAGUAGCAACAUUGGAACGUAUGAUCAAAACUAAAAAUCCAAGUAAUGGAUUUCGAGAAGGAGUUUACGAAGUGAUGAAAGUUUUAACAAUAACAGAUCCUGAGGAUAAUACGAAUUUGAUAAAUCAAAUCGUAUCAACUAUGUUGGAAAUUAUUACAAAAAUUUGGCAAGAUAAAAGAUUUGGUAGAUGUGCGAUAUGUAAAUUUGGGGUAGUUAUGGAAUCAGCGGUCAAGGACGUCAAUAAUUUGUGGUUAUGUACUAAUAAGACAUGUAUAAGUAAUUAUAAAAUUGGGGCGGUUUCAAAAUCUCAUACCGAUACACCUUCUGAGGGGUAA